ACUUUUUCUGCUCUCCCCUAUGUCUCUGCCAGCCUAGAGGAGAAGCUUGCCCAUGUGGAGAAGUACGAGAUGGUGAUGCCUCGCAGGGUGCCAGCAUCUCGGGGGAAGAGGGGCCUCUCUGCACAAUCUAGCAUCUAUCCGGACCAUGUCCUCUACAGCAUCCGUGCUGAAGGCAAGGACUACGUUCUGCAUCUGGAGAAGAAUAAGGAGCUGCUUGGACAGCAUUACACCGAGACGCAUUACUCGGCCAAUGGCACGGAGAUAAUGGAAAAGCCGAAUGUUCAGGAUCACUGCUUUUAUCAAGGCCAUGUUCGGGGGUAUGCCACUUCAGCAGCAAGCAUCAGCACCUGCAAAGGGCUCAGUGGAUUUUUCCGAGUGAAUGAGACUGCCUAUGUGCUGGAGCCCCUGGCUGAGGAUGAGGCCGGAUGGCACGCAGUGUACAGAGCAGCCCACCUGAGGAUGAAGCGCGGCACCUGCCAAGAGUCUGGUGCCACCCUGGAAUAUGACCACGAACCAAAAAUUGCUGCAGCCAUGAAGCUCCAUCGCUGGAAAUCAGCUCCAUUACACAAAGGGCCUCGGUAUGUGGAGCUGGUCUUGGUUGUGGACAAUGAGGAGUUCCGGAAGUACAAGGACUUGCGCAUGGUGCAGAAUCGCAUGAAGGAAAUUGUGAACCACGUUGACAAGCUUUAUCAGCCUCUUCACCUGCGUGUGGCUUUGAUCGGCUUGGAGGUGUGGAACAACAAGGACAAAAUCACUGUGAGUCCCAACCCAGAAGUGACUCUGGACAACUUCCUCCAUUGGCGUGAGACAGAACUGCUGAAGAAGAAGAAGCAUGACAAUGCCCAGCUGAUCACGGGCAUAGACUUCCAUGGCACAACUGUAGGCCUCGCGAAGAAGCUUGCGAUGUGCACCAGGGACUCAGGCGGUGUCAACCAGGACCACAGUGUGAAUCCUAUUGGUGCUGCAUCCACCAUGGCUCACGAGAUGGGGCACAACCUGGGGAUGUCUCAUGAUGAAGACAUUGCUAGCUGCCGCUGUCCUGUCCCCAAAAGUGAUGGAGGAUGUGUUAUGGCAGCAAGUGUUGGCUUGGUUUACCCCAAGCUCUUCAGCAGCUGCAGUGAACACGACAUGUGGCAGUUCCUUGGAGACCCCAGGACCAGCUGCUUGCUGAAUGUCCCCAAGGCCGAUGAGCUGUAUGGCGGGCCUGUGUGUGGGAACCAGUUUGUAGAGCGAGGAGAGCAGUGCGACUGCGGCACGCCGGAGGAGUGCACCGAUCGCUGCUGCAAUGCCACCACCUGCCAGCUGAGAGAGGGAGCCGAGUGUGCCCGUGGAGCAUGCUGCCAGGACUGCAAGGUGAAGGCUGCUGGCAUGCUGUGCCGGGCCAGCAAGAACGGCUGUGACCUGCCUGAGCAUUGUACUGGCCUCAGCCCUGAGUGCCCAGAAGAUGUCUUCCAGGAGAACGGCAUCCCGUGCCAGAACGGGAACGGUUACUGCUACAACGGGGCCUGCCCUUCACACGGCGAGCAGUGCCGUGUGCUCUGGGGAGCAGCAGCCCAGGUGGCUCCUGACAUCUGCUUUAAGCACAACAGUGAGCAAAACAUGUACCUCCACUGCCUCACUGAGUCGGGGAAGAGGCCCUGCAGCCCCAAGGAUGUAAAGUGCGGCACGCUGCUGUGUCUGAGUGAGAACACCAGCCCUGUCAUCGGCGGAGGCUCAUACUCCCUCUCAUUUGGCCGCUUCAAAUGCAAAGCAGCUAUCACAGAUAACGAUGCCAGUGGGAUGGUGGCCGACCACAGGCUGGUGCCCACAGGCACCAAGUGCGGGGAGGAAAUGGUCUGCUAUGCUGGACGCUGCCAGAACGUCCUGGUCUAUGGCAACAAGAACUGCUCUGCAAAAUGCAACAACCAUGGGGUUUGCAAUCACAAGCGGGAGUGUCACUGUGAACCAGGAUGGGCAGCACCAUACUGUGAGCAGAAGAUUUCAGAGAUCACCACAGGGAGCAGCAGCCUGGUCGUGGCAGCUGUGCUGGCUGUGUUGGCAGUCACCGGCAUCCUGCUUGGUGGAGGCUUCGUGCUUGUCAGAGGCGGUGGGAAGAGGUACUUCCAGAAAGGGCGAAUCUCCACCAGUCCUGCCCGUGGCCUCACCAACCCACUCUUCCAGGAAGGUGGCAGGAAGCGGCCCAUGCACAAUGAGUUGUCCCAGCAUGACAUUGGCAGCCCCAGCCUGCUCAGCACAACGUCUGCCCUGCAGGGUGCCCAAUCCAUUAGGCCCAGCCGCCCAGCCCCAGAGCAUCCUGUGCCAGUCACUCAGAUGAUGUCUCCAGCCUCUCCUGGCCGGCCUUCGCAGGGUGCCGCAAUGCUCUGUUUACCACCUCUGCCCCCAGCCUCUGCAAAGCCUCUUCUGGCUCCUGGAGAGGUGAAGCCGAAUCCACCUAGCAAGCCUCUCCCAGCACUGAAGAGAAAGGAGCUUGCCCGGCCCCGCUGCACCGCAGCAGAAGCGCCAUUGCCGCCAGCGCCUCCCGUCCCUCCUGCCAAGCCCGCAACCUUGUCAUCCCAGCCGCGUCCAGACCCCACCAUGCCCCAGAGGAGUGUCACCCCAAAGGUGGCCCUGAAGCCACCCACAGCUCGGAGAUGACCUGGGCUGCAUCUGCCACAGCAAUGGAGGAGUUGCUGGCUCCGGCACUUUGGGUGGGACAGCAAGAGCGUCUGCAUCUUCCUUCAAUGGUACUUGAAUCACUUGCUGGACCCUCCCUUGAGGCCAUCGGUGUUUACAGAUAUUUGAGUUGUGCCUUAACAGACUUUGUAGCUUUAUAGUUUGACCAGAAAGAGUCAUGAGCUGGGGGCUUACAAUCAUAGGGAGAGACCAGGAACAUGGACAGUGCCAAGACCACUCUCUCCUCCAGGAAACCCCCAAACAAGACCAGUCUUUUCUUACUGCUCUUUUCCACCAAACCCCUCCUGAUCGUGCUCUGAGUCUUAGUUGCUAGGGAGUUGCCUGUACCCUGGGUGCUGCUGCCUCUCUCACGCUGGCUCCGCACCCAGCCUAGUGGCUUGGGCUUGGCCCAAAGGGUAAAUGUGUCCUGCUCCUCAUGGCCCUUCCCUGCUGGGGCCACAGCGCAGAGCUGCCAGCUUUGCCGUGCAAAACCAGGCCAGGCUCAGAGCUCUCCACAGCAGGGACAGUGUCUGCUGUGGGGACAGGGCCUGUGGGCCACCUCCUACAUUAGCCCAGCACUGCAACUGGGGCCAGCUGCACAGUGUGUCUUGCCAAAGGGGCUGGGGCAGGUCCAAGCCAGGUUUGGAUUCAGCUCUGAAAUUACAACUCGGCUAACUCACUCAUCUCCCGAAAGGGGGUUCCUAGGAGGGUUUUUCACCGCAGCCAUUAAUUUAUGACCCUUCCCAUGACCAUUUUGAGCCAUUUGUUGUGAAACUGGUCCUCCCCAUUUUGAUAUCAUUCCAGUUGAAGGCUUUUAUACAA